AUGGCCUUCCUGCCGCCGCUGGUAGACUCAGUCACCCCCAUGGCACUUGGCCUGGCCUGGAAGCUGCAGCUGGCAUGCGCUCAGGACUACAGCCUCAGGGAGCUGAGUGGCCUGCAGGGAGCCCCCCUUCCUCUCCUCUCCCUGCUGCAGGUCUGCAACGAAGUUCAGCAGCAUCAACUGAAGCCCUCUACCAGAGAGCGCAUACGUCUACAGAAGAAAUUCCAGAAGCAAUUUGGAGUGAGGCAAAAAUGGGACCAAAAAUCACAGAAGCCCCGAGAUUCUUCAGUCGAAGUGCGCAGUGACUGGGAGGUAAAAGAGGAAAUGGACUUUCCUCAGUUAAUGAAGAUGCGCUACUUGGAAGUUUCAGAGCCAGGUGACCAUGCCACCGCUUUUGCAGACCUCCUGACAGUGAGUGAGACAGCCAACGAGCCCCCUCAGGAUGAAGGCAAUUCUUUCAACUCACCUCGCAACCUGGCUAUGGAAGCAACCUAUAUCAACCACAAUUUCUCUCAGCAGUGCUUGAGAAUGGGGAAGGAACGAUACAACUUCCCCAACCCGAACCCGUUUGUGGAGGAUGACAUGGAUAAGAAUGAAAUUGCCUCCGUUGCAUACCGUUACCGCAGGUGGAAGCUUGGCGACGACAUUGACCUGAUUGUCCGCUGCGAGCAUGAUGGUGUCAUGACUGGAGCCAACGGGGAGGUGUCCUUCCUCAACAUCAAGACCCUCAACGAAUGGGAUUCCAGGCACUGUAACGGCGUUGACUGGCGUCAGAAACUGGACUCGCAGAGAGGUGCCGUCAUUGCCACGGAGCUGAAGAACAACAGCUACAAGCUGGCCCGGUGGACCUGCUGUGCUUUGCUGGCCGGAUCUGAGUACCUCAAGCUUGGCUAUGUGUCCCGGUACCAUGUGAAAGACUCCUCGCGCCACGUGAUCCUGGGUACCCAGCAGUUCAAGCCCAAUGAGUUUGCUAGCCAGAUCAACCUGAGCGUAGAGAACGCCUGGGGCAUCCUGCGCUGCGUCAUUGACAUCUGCAUGAAGCUGGAGGAGGGCAAGUACCUCAUCCUUAAGGACCCCAACAAGCAGGUCAUCCGUGUCUACAGCCUGCCGGACGGCACCUUCAGCUCUGAUGAGGAUGAUGAAGAGGAGGAGGAGGAGGAGGAAGAAGAAGGGCCAGGUUGGUUACUGGAAAUAGUCCUGUGCUCAGAAACCGUCAGUAACAGCCUGCUGCCCACGAUCCAGGCACAGCCUAGGCUCAAGGCCCUCCUCACCUUAUGA